AUGUCUCACUCACUCACCUCAGUUUUUCAAAAGAUCGACACCUUAAAGCCUCAAUUCUUCAGCAGGCUAAGUAAGGCCAUUCAAAUCCCCGCUGUUUCUUCAGACGAAUCGCUAAGGCCCAAAGUAUUUGAAAAGGCCAAGUUUAUUUCCGAGCAACUGUCGCAAUCGGGGUUCCAUGACAUUAAGAUGGUCGACUUGGGUAUUCAGCCUCCACCGAUUUCUACACCAAAUUUGACUUUACCACCUGUCAUUCUAUCCAGAUUUGGUAACGAUUCCUCAAAAAAGACAGUUUUGGUAUACGGCCAUUAUGACGUUCAGCCCGCUCAAUUGGAAGACGGCUGGGAUACUGAACCCUUCAAGCUGGUCAUUGAUGAGUCCAACGGUGUUAUGAAAGGUAGAGGUGUCACCGAUGAUACGGGUCCAUUGUUGUCUUGGAUUAAUGUUGUGGACGCUUUCAAGGCAUCCGGCAAGGAGCUUCCUGUUAACUUGGUCACUUGUUUCGAAGGUAUGGAAGAAAGUGGUUCUUUAAAAUUAGAUGAAUUGAUUAAAAAAGAGGCCAACGAUUACUUCAAAGGUGUUGACGCUGUUUGUAUUUCUGAUAAUUAUUGGUUAGGCACUAAAAAGCCUGUUUUGACUUACGGCCUCAGAGGUUGUAACUACUACCAAACCAUUAUUGAAGGUCCAGGUGCGGAUUUACACUCCGGUAUUUUUGGUGGUGUUGUUGCUGAACCCAUGAUCGAUUUGAUGCAAGUUCUGGGUUCCCUUGUAGAUUCUAAGGGGAGAAUCUUGAUUGACGGUAUUGACGAAAUGGUUGCUCCUCUAACCGAGAAGGAAAAAGCCCUAUACAAAGACAUCGAAUUUAGUGUCGAAGAAUUGAACGCUGCAACUGGUUCUAAAACAAGUUUGUACGACAAGAAGGAAGACAUCCUAAUGCACAGAUGGAGGUACCCUUCAUUGUCUAUUCAUGGGGUGGAAGGUGCCUUUUCUGCCCAAGGUGCCAAGACUGUUAUUCCAGCAAAGGUUUUCGGUAAGUUUUCUAUUAGAACUGUUCCAGAUAUGAACUCUGAAAAAUUAACUUCAUUGGUUCAAAAGCAUUGUGACGCCAAAUUCAAAGCAUUGAAUUCUCCAAACAAAUGUAGGACCGAAUUAAUACAUGAUGGUGCUUACUGGGUUUCUGAUCCAUUCAAUGCUCAAUUUACUGCGGCUAGGAAGGCUACAAAAUUGGUCUAUGGUGUUGAUCCUGAUUUCACUAGAGAAGGUGGUUCAAUCCCAAUCACUUUGACCUUCCAAGACGCUUUGAACACUAGUGUCUUAUUGUUACCAAUGGGCAGGGGCGAUGAUGGUGCUCACUCUAUCAAUGAAAAAUUGGAUAUUUCAAAUUUUGUUGGUGGUAUGAAGACCAUGGCUGCUUACCUACAAUACUAUGCUGAUUCGCCAGAGAACUAA